GAAAUAUUAGUUUAAAACUCUUCUGGAAUAUUCUAAUGAUCCUUGCAAUGGCUUUUCGUCGAUGAUUUGAUGUUUUUACCGAGUGUCCCAUGGCUUGAAAAAGGCUUUGCUUGAUAGCAGAGUCGGGCAGCGUGGCUGGAAAUAUGCAGCAGCCUUGGUGGUCCAUUUAUUUACUGGCCAUUUUCAUGUUAGGAUUGGACUCUAAACUUGUUGGUCAAGCAUUCCAGCCAGAAUUUGCUGAACCGUUAAUGAAUUUAACUGUACCUAUAGGACGAGAUGCAACAUUUAGAUGUCUAGUACAAAACCUUGGAGGAUACAGAGUUGGCUGGGUGAAAGCCGAUACUAAAGCGAUACAAGCAAUCCAUGUUCACGUAAUAACAAACAAUCACCGAGUCGGAGUGUCGCAUAACGGUCAGACCGUUUGGAAUUUACACAUUAGAAACGUACAGGAGGAGGAUAGGGGUCAAUACAUGUGUCAGAUCAAUACAGACCCAAUGAAAAGCCAGAUGGGUUACUUAGAGGUGGUAAUCCCACCAGAUUUUAUUCCUGAAGAGACAUCAGGGGACAUAAUGGUGCCUGAAGGUGGCACUGCCAAAGUUUCUUGUCGAGCGAGAGGCAUGCCAGAGCCCCGUGUCCUCUGGAGAAGAGAAGAUGGUGCUGAUAUUGUUAUCAGGGAUCCUAAUGGGACUAAAACAAAAGUUGCGAUGUACGAUAAAGAGGUGUUGGCACUGACGAAAAUAUCACGUUCGGAUAUGGGUGCAUAUCUGUGCAUCGCGAGUAACGGUGUGCCACCCUCAGUCAGCAAGAGGAUAACUAUUAAAGUACAUUUCCACCCGGUGAUUCAAGUGCCUAACCAGCUGGUUGGGGCUCCACUGGGUACUGACGUCACCAUCGAGUGUUACGUCGAAUCUUCACCAAAAUCCAUCAACUAUUGGGUUAGAGAUUCAAAUGAAAUGGUGAUAUCAUCAAGUAAAUAUGAGGUGGUGAAUACAGUGAUGAGUUCUUUCGAGAGUCGCAUGGCGCUGACAGUGAGAAGACUGACGUCAGCAGAUGUUGGUGGCUACAGGUGUGUCGCGAAGAAUUCACUUGGUGAAGUUGAUAGCGUCAUCAGGUUGUAUGUACUUCGGUACUCAUUCCAGUAUUAUAAGGCACGAUGCAACAUAACGUAG